AUGCGCCGGGCGCUGCCGCCGCUUCGCGCUCUCCUCAGGCCCGGCCCCGCGGGGCUGCCGGCGCUCAGCGGGCUCUGCGGCGCUCCGGGCGGGCUCCCGGCGGCCGGGGAGAGCAGCGGCAGCAAGCUCAGCGUGCUGCCAUCCUUUGGGUUUCUCUUUGACAUUGAUGGUGUACUGGUGCGAGGGAAGACUCCAAUUCCUGCUGCAAAAACAGCCUUCCAGAAGCUAGUGAACUCUCAGGGACAGUUCGUGGUGCCUGUGGUGUUUGUCACCAAUGCAGGGAAUUGCCUUCGCCAGGAAAAAGCUGAUCAGUUGUCACAGCUACUGGGAGUUCCAAUUUCCCAGGACCAGGUGGUGAUGUCACACAGUCCUCUGCGGAUGUUCAAGCGGUACCAUGACAAAUGUGUUCUUGUAUCAGGACAAGGACCUCUUCUUGAUAUUGCUCAAGACCUUGGUUUCUGUCAACCUAUUACCAUUGAAACACUGCGGGAGAAACACCCUUUGCUAGAUGUAGUUGACCAUGACAGAAGACCUAAUGUUCUGUCCCCCUCUGCUGUGGAACUUCCCAAGAUUGAGGCUGUUGUUUUGUUUGGGGAACCAGUCAGAUGGGAGACCAACCUUCAGCUGAUAAUAGACGUUUUGCUGACAAGUGGCUACCCUGGAAAUCCCUAUCACUGUGAAAAUUACCCUCACAUUCCUGUGCUUGCCUGUAACAUGGAUCUGAUGUGGGUAGCUGAAGCACAGUCUCCAAGGUUUGGGCAUGGAACAUUCAUGGUUUGUCUGGAAAACAUCUACAAGAAGAUCACAGGCAAAGAUCUGAAAUAUGAGGCCCUCAUGGGCAAACCCAGUAAAGUGACCUACCAGUAUGCGGAAUACCUCAUCAGGGCCCAGGCAGCAGAGAGGCAGUGGCAGCACCCCAUUCACACCCUGUAUGCUGUCGGAGAUAACCUCAUGACUGAUGUCUAUGGUGCUAACCUUUACAAUCGCUAUCUUGAAGAGAACUCCAGACAAGGUUCAAAAUCCUGGGUUCAGGCCAAAGUUGCUGGUGGCAGGGGACCCGCCGCGCUCUCUCAGGAUGAGGAGAUAGACAACAGCUGGGAGAAUGAGUUAGCAUCCGCAGCUGCUGCCCACUGUAGGUCUGUUCUUGUUUGUACCGGGGUUUACAACCCACACACUGAGGUGCCCUUGGAUACCAGGGCGAGCAUAGCUGAAAUGGUGUUCCAUGGCCACAGAGAUUUUAGAUUUGAGCCUGGCUUAGUAGAGCCAGAUCAUAUUGUACCAGAUGUUGAUGCUGCCGUAGACCUGGUCUUCCAGCUGGAGAACUUUGCACCUUAUUGAAAUGACCUGAUUUCUUAAGGACUACUCAGUGCUAUGCUUUUCUUCCCCCAAACCAAACUGUGCUUUAAAAUCAUGCCAAAAACUGCUGCUUUCUAAAAUUUUUAAGCUUUACAUGAAUACAAUCUUAUAUUAAGUAAACUUAGGUAUAUUAAUUUGCUUAAUAUAAGUAUAUUAAAUAUCAACAAUGCUUUUUAAAGUACUUGGAAAUACGUCAUUUGUUGCUUUAGUUGCCCUUCAUUCUCCUCCUCUCAAUUAUGUUAGGUAUUUUAAUAGCAAUUUCUCAUAGCAGUUUAUGCAUGUUACUGGUAUCUCAAUUCUCAUGUGACUACUUCUGUUUGCUGGAAGAUUCAGCUUCCAGGAACUGGGAUCUUGAGAGUGUCGGCCCAUGGGGCUGGGGUUGCUCACACGCUUACAAACUGGCAGGUACAGAGCAUAUGUUUUGCCACUUGGGAUUCUGCAGCUAAUGAGUACUUUUCCCCAUCAGAGCAACGUGAAGUCUGUUCUGCUUUGUACUUGCUCACAUACAACCCUGCAGCCUUUCUCUUUACCUGUUUCCCAUGUGUCUGGAGCUGCUACAGCUUCUCCCUGCUCUGACAUGUAAAGCCUUAAUAGAAAUGCGGUUGUAAGAUGGAGAAGGCAGACUUGUGAGCACCAGUUUUGAAACUCCAACUAAGCUGAACAGUCAUGUAAGGAAAGCAGCUAACGUUGGGUGUCUUGUGUGGCAGAAUACCUGGCCUUUUGUCUUUGCCUUUUUAUCUGCACUUUUUGGAGGAAUUUAGGAUUUUAGAAAGCUUCAGCAAUGAUGUUUCAGGCAUUUCUGUCAGUUGGACUUCUCCAUGGAAUGAGUGACUACUGUUUGGGUAAAAAGUGCCUAGUAAUUUACUUGAAGCUUCUUACCACUGUGGUAAUUACCUGGCCUUUAGUGUAAUAUAUUUCACCUUGUGUCUGUUACAUGUUUGUUGGUUCAUGAAUUUUAUAGCUGUUCAUUUAAAAAUAAAAGUAAUUUGUUAUUUUUAUAAAAUACUUUUAAGCUUUUUAAUCCAAAAGAUGUCUUUGAAGAUGUAUUUGUGUUAUUUGUUAUAGCAGUGUGUAUGGUGUACUUGUGACACCAGGUAGGAAACUGAAGCCAGUGAAGUGUGGUUUAAGAACGAGGUCAACUUACACACAACUGUCACUCACCAUAACUUUGGGGUGUGUCAGAUUUUUAUGGUUGGAUUUAUUUUGUUUUCUUGUCUGUUUAUCUUUUCCCAAAUCAGAAAUGGCACAAACAAAAAUCUGGGGGUCUUCAUUUUUCCCAAGUUCUUGCAGAACUAGCAAUCGGCAGCCAGAUGGUGGCAUAAAGUGACAAGACUUCCUGGCCGAUUUCUUCACUGCUUACUGUCCUGCUAUGAAAGAGAAUGAAAACCACAUCAUGAAGAGAACACUGCUGCUAAGGAGUCCGAUUUCUUUGUUGUGUUUUCUCCAUCUGUAAUCCCUCUCUCUACCAUCAGGAUUGUCCAUUCAUUCACUCACAAUGUUUCACAGGUAGCUUUUAAUGUUAUCUUGCUGGAUCCAGUUUAAGGCCACUGCUUUAAACAGUGUUUUUCCCAUUCCUUCAUUGGGAAAGUAUUACAGCAGCACAUUCUUGCCUUUUUUAUUGGUGCAAUAAACAGGUAUGUUGCUAUUUGUGCAGCACUCUCCUAUAAGAUGCCAGCUGCUUGUGAGGUGUGCCAGGUCCUCCUGAGCGAAGGCUGUGGGUCCGGUGUGCCAGGGUGCCGUGCUGCGUUGGUUCCGCGCUGGCACAUGUUGCAGGGCUCUAACUAUUGCUGGAAGUGGUUUCAGGCUGUCAGUGAUGGAAGGAAUAAAAAAAUGGAAGUUGAUGAACAGAAAA